UGUGUAUGCUUUCUCAGUGUCAGCUUAACAAACAUUAGUAUCAGGCAAAAUUGGUUUGUGAUACAACAAAAUUUUUUUAAAUAUAAUCACAAGACCAUCAUGAAGUCCACACGACGAGUUCGUGCCAAAAUUGUGACCAAGAGAAAGAUUACUGGCCGUAAAGUGCCCAGAACAGAUCCGCAGCAGCAGUUUUACCUAAAGAACAGAUUCAAUGCAACUAGUCCUCGUCCAAAGCAAGCCACCGUGCCUCCUAGCCAGCGGAUCUGGCGCAGGACAGUGGUCCAGACCAAGCCGAAGGUAAAAGCAAAGAUUCCCAAGCUAUUUCGCAUGGAUCGGAAUACAGGACUUCCUGUGGACUACGAGAGGACGGUCAACCAGGUGAUGCAGUACGUGAAUCCCAAUUUGCGCAAUCCACCCAGUGCGGAAAAGGUAUUGGAGGAACUGCUGACGAAAAUGCUUACUGAGGUCGUACGACAGGGUGGUCGGUGUUGUCGAGAACACUCUCAAAUGAGAUCCUUGCUGAAGAACAGGUGCCACUGCCACAGGUCGAGCCAGUUCCUCAGCAAGGCAGAGAAGGCGAGGCUCGAGGCGAACGAGAGUCUGAGCCAGUUCCAUAGUGCUUGCAAACGGGGACCCUGUCGAAUCCCCAGUCCCAAACUUGGUCCCACGUACACGAGUAAGUUCAACUUUAACCAGCUGAAAAUCAAGAGCUCUUAAAAUAAGGUGGAAAACACAAUGUCAAACUGUUUAAUACUAUAAGAAGGUCAAUUAAUUCAGUUGUAAAUUUGGAAUAAAUAUUUUUGACUUUUU